AUGCCGUCGUGGCCGAACAACAACGAGACGUCGGACGACGAUGACGAGUACAUGAGCGAGUUCAGCAGCAUGCAGAUGGAGUACUUUCAAACUCCUGACACUGUGAUAGACCCUAGUUUCUGUGGGCUUGUGACUGAAUCUGACAGAAGGUGCAUCCUGCACAGGCAGAGGGCGGGCAAGUUUGUGGCAUUUGAAGGCACUGACACUGGCAGGAGAUUCAUAGGAUGUGCUACUGAGUCUGAAAACAUUGGUAUGUCUGAAUACUGUACUUGUAGUAAAGAGCACUGGAAACAUAUGAAACAUAUUGAUGAUGGUGUGAACUGUGGUGUUCUGGAGUGGGUAGAUGCCCCCUGGCCUGUAAUUCAGCAAAGGUGCUUAAGCAAGCUCUGGGAUAUGUAUCAUGAGCAGAACCUUGGUAGAGCCCACGAUAAUGAGGCUCAUGGGAUAAAGGUUGCAAAACUGCAAAAGGAGCUUGAUUCUCUGGCCAAUCAGUAUAGCCUGCUCGUGGAUGAUGUGUCCAAGUUGUUUGAUUAUCCGGAUGGAAUCAAAUCUCAUGACAUGGAUUGCACAAGCCAGGCAAUCAAUGAACUGAAGGAGAAGAAAAAGCAACUUGAGGAGCAGGCAAAGAUUGAGCUUCAAAUGGAGAAGCUUAAGCUCAAGAAAGAACAAAGGUGCAUCCUUCAGAGUCAAGCUGAUAUAAUCCAAAACACAAGGAAGGCCAUGAAGGAGCUAGAGGUGGAGAAAGAUCUCCUUAAAGAAGAGAAGAAGAAGCUGGAGAAUGUCAUUGCUGAGCUCCUUAAGUUUCAGAUUGUUAGGCCCCUGCCCUGCUAUGCGACCUGA